AUGCGCAUCCUCGUUAUUGGUGCUUCUGGGCGCGUCGGGAAGCUGGUUGUCCAAGAUGCGCUUGCACGAGGACACGACGUGACAGCGCUGGUGCGGGAUGAGGCUUUUCUUGAAUCCAUUACUACCUCGGCCGCCAACAGUGCUCUUACCGUAGUUCAGGGUCAGCCUCAGAACCAAGGCGAUGUCGAAAAGGCUUUUACCGUAUCUGGAGAUGCACCCAGCACCGUCGUUGUCACCCUAAAUAGCGCACGCGCCAGCGACAAUCCCUUUGCAAAACAGACAUCACCACCGACGCUUAUGCACGAUGCCCAUAUUAACAUCCUCACGGCCAUGAAAGCGCACCGUACCCACAAGAUUGUAACACUGCAAGCACACGGCGUCGGUGACUCGUUUCCAACACUCUUCAUGGCAGUGAAGAUGCUCGUGCGCUACUCCAAUAUGGGCAUCGGAUACAAAGACCAUGAGGAGGUGGAGAAGCUCAUCAAGCAGAGCGGUAAAACAUUCGUCCUUGUCCGCCCUGCUCGCUUCGUUCCCGGCAAGGCUGCUCCUGUUCACGUAUAUGAAAAUCAAGGCGAGGGCAUUGGCUCAUUUAAUACUACUACCCGGGAGAGCGUGGCAAGCUUCCUCUUGGAUGCUGUAGAGAAGGAUGAAUGGGACGGUAUGACACCUGUCAUCAGUAACUAG